CCCAGCAGUGUGUUGACUGAUUGGUUGGUCCGUGUGGUGUUGGUCCAUCCGUGUGUUGUCUACCCCCCAUCGAGGUGCAUAAGUCGACUACUGAGACUUGGUGGAUGUGGCCAUUCAUAGCUAUCAAAUCAAUCAACGAGAGAUGCGCAUAUAUAUCCUCCACUGACCAGCCCGCGUCCACCCAGUGGCUCACCGACAUCACAACAUGACGUCAACACAGAAAAGUGUCUUUCCUCUUUAGCAAACAAGCGCCGUCUGUGAGCCGUCGAAGGCAGGCGUGUGGUCCUGACUCAUAGACAGCUCUGCACCCACGUCUGCACUGCAUGAGGAAAAAGAGGCGCAGUGACAACCCCAAACUCACACAGCACAACAUCACGCAUAUUGUCUAACUAAAGCUUCGGCAAACUACCGAAAUCGGUAUGCAAGAUGCGCGCCAGCCCCGAACCAUCAAGUACGGCUGCCUGGAUGAACUGGCUGUGGGUAAGUGUGUAGUUUGGGAUAUUACGUACUCUCCUCAGGUGGAGGACAGCAUGCACGCUACGAGCAUUAAAACAUCAUGACCAGAACAUCUACACCGUCCCUCUCUGUCUGUCUGUCUGUCUGUGAUGGUGUGUACGUGUAAUUUCGCGUCACGCCGCACUACGACAGGGGCGUGACACAAGCAUCAGGGAAAAAGACGCGUGGGGGACGAGACGGCAUAUCGUACACGGUAAACUCUGCUGGGCCCCCUUCCCUCAUCCCCUAUGACACGCAACAUGCACCCACAGGUCUACGGUGACGAAAAAAGGACUAAACUACCUUACGCGGCUUGUUUGUCUACGCCACACCGCUCUCUAAAAGCGGCGGUACCUGAACACCAAGCAACACACACAGAGGGAUACAGACGUCACACACACAGACCAAGAGGUCCGUCGAAUCCAUCCAUCCAAGUAUGUGAGCGUACCCGUAUCCCACACGCAGAGGCGUGGUUGCUCGGGCCACACGGGCAGCGGGCCUCGGACGACUGGACGCACAAAUGGCAGUGAAAUAGGCACCUUAUCACAUGGGGAUCUGUCCAUGCAAGUGCGUAUGCAUCUGUCCACUUACUAGUAGGGCCGACCCACAGCCACACCGACUGGCCCAACUCUCACACCGAUGCCCAGCUGGCGCCUGACACGUGCAUGAUACACACACUCAUCCAUCACCACCCAUGGCAUCCUCGCCCUUCCUGGUGGCUCCCCCACCUUGGUGCGCUGAGUCUCCUCUUUCCGCUGUCGUCGGCCACCUCUUCUUGCUCCUCGACGGAAUCGGCAGACGUGUCCACGGCCGUCUCGUAUUCCUCCAGUAUGGUGUCGCUGAAUUCGGGGCCCUAACACGACAAGCAACACAGACAGGAAGAUACGGGUGAUGCACGCUCUCUUGCGACAGGCAUGGAUACCCUCUCACUCACCGCAAAGACGGCAAUGGGGCUCUCCAGGUCGUCAGCUGAAAACAGGUUGGCGCCCUCAGGGAUGAGCACGAGUCUGUCGCCGCCCACAAAAAAGACCUCAGCCGUCGGCUGGCCCUUCUCGUCGAUGAAGCGAUUGACGUUCUGGAUCCUGUACACACGCUCGUAUGUCAGAUUGUUGCCGCCGGUCUCGUUGCCCCAAUGGAGGUAGAUCGUCUCGACCUGGCAGGUGAAGUGGGGAUGGAUGUAUUCGUGUGUGUCUUGCUGUGUGCCUGGAGGUGCCUACCUUCUGGACGUUGGACAGGUCGGCGUCAAGCACCUUGAAGAUGCCUGAUUGACAACAUCGACAACGCCCUUGCCGUGCGUCCUUCAUCCAUUGUGCUGUCCUUUCCAUUACUGAUCUCAUCGAGGUACUCAGCAGUCCUCACAACCUCAUCGCCCACUGCUCGCAGGAUGCCCACCCUAUCCGGCGCAAACUUCUCGCCCCUCGCCGCUGCCUGCUCGAUGCGUUCAUACAGCUCUGGGCAUGUCCUCUGCACCUCCUCCAGCCCGGCCGUCACGUUCUCAGGCAGCUCUGACACCACACACAAACCAACACACACACACACAGAAGACAACACGCGAUGUGGCGGUCCAUCCGGGUCAGCGCUUACCGCCAGACUCAUCCCUGAGGUCGUCGAAGCUCACGCUCUCGUCAUCUUGCAUACGGCGACGCACCGUGACGGCCUGCAGACACCAGUCAACGUGAAUGAGUGACCAGCGAGGGGAGGGGUGGGUGCCCGGCAUACCUGUUGCUCGUGUGUGAGGGCGAGGAGGCGCUUUUCCAUGCGAUCGAUGGACGUCUGGAGAUGGUUGACUUGGAGGAAGAAUACAGCCGCGAGGGCUGACGCAACAAGGACACCACGCAUGUUGGAUAAGGCAGAUCUUCGCUUAUCUCCUCUUACCUGUUGGCAGCAACACCAAAGCAAUGCUCGUGCGGUCCAUGGCGUCGGAUCUGUGGGGAAAGAC